UUGACCGAUGCCCUCCGAUUUUUGCACAGUACUCAAGAAAUGAUGCAUUGUAAUGUCAAUCCGGGUGCAGUUCUCCUGGCUGGGGAAGGCAAAUGGAAACUGGGUGGUUUAAAUUUCAUGGAAAAAGUGAUUGAUACCACCAAAGCUUCUCCAAAGUUUACUGGUUACUCGGCAAAAUUUCCCAAAGCUGCUCAGCCCAAUCUCGACUUUAUUGCCCCAGAGGCACAAAUGCAUAAUUCAAUGUCCCCACUGGCCGAUAUGUUCUCCCUCGGAAUGGUUCUCUGCGCAAUUUACAAUGAAGGACAUUCUCUCAUUGAAUCCGACUUUAAUCCAACAGUUUACGCAAAGCGGAUUUCUGAACUCAAAAUUUUCAACGAACCUACUGUGCUGUCUUACGAAGGACUACUCUCCCUUGAAAGUCGGUCAAUCAACCAAAAGAAAGAAUUUUUCAAUCGCUUUGCAAAAGUUGUUCCGGAAUACGAUCCGGUCUUGCGAUACAAACGUAUUUUGCCAUUGCUUCUAAAUUGGUAUGAAAAGUCAACAGAGUUGUCUCCAUUUGUACUUCCAUCCCUGCUAACCAUGAUUCACGUGGCGGAGAACGAUGACUUCGAAGCUUACCUCAGGGAGCCAUUAAUGAAAAUUAUGACACAAAGAAAAACGUUACAGUUAAAGCUAUGCGUUCUUGAGUGCAUCGAACGACUUCUACCUUCACUGAGCAGUCCAGGCGUUGCUCAAGAAAUUGUUGCGUUCCUCAGUACUGUGCGCACAACAGAUUCAUCAAUGCUGAGUUGUAUUUUGGCAAUCAACAGACACCUGCUGUCUGAACGAAAAUUUGGCAUAACUUGUUCAACAAUUGCUGGCAAGCUUCUCCCUCCUCUUCUGGAUGCUCUUACUUCUCCGUUGCUGGGUCUGAAUGACUUUCGUCUUUUGAUGGAUGUUCUGCGCUUUAUGUUGGACACAAUCGAUCGACAACGAACCUGUGAACUCAUCUUGCGCGAACGAAAGUCUCAAGGUGGCAGCUGCAGCAACAUCAGUUCCUCAUACUACUUACUGCGGAAGCGGAAUAUGUGUUAUAUUACCCAUUUCCAGUUUUUUUCAUUAUCCUGCUUUUAUAGCACCCCUACAGGCCUGGGACGUAACUUGCCUUUGAUUUCUAUGCAAAAACCAACGGUGGACGCUGAUUUCAUGGGCUCAGACAUAGAUGAUGCAAGAUUUUCCAGAACAAGUCUAUCC